AAUUUAUGAACCAUUAACAAUCAACUUAAUUAAUUCAAAAGUAUGCUAAAAAUCCAUGGCAUCAUGUUCAUUAUGGAAGUGAAAGUCCAAAGUAAAUAAUAUUAUAUAUAAAUAAAUAGAUUUUUGAAUGCAAUUAUUGAAAUCACAAAAGGCAGUAAAGCCAAAUAUGAAUUGGAUAAGGAUAGUGGUCUAUUAAAAUUAGAUAGAGUAUUAUUUUCAUCUGUUCAUUAUCCUGCCAAUUAUGGAUUUAUUCCACAAACUUAUUGUGAUGAUCAUGAUCCCUUAGAUAUUUUAGUGUUAUGUUCAGUUGAAAUAGAGCCUAUGUGUUUAGUAGAAGCUAGAGUAAUUGGUGUUAUGCACAUGGUUGAUUAAGGAGAAAUAGAUGAUAAAAUAAUAUCAGUUGCCAAAAAUGAUGCUUCAUAUUAAGGAAUUAAUGAUUUGAAAGAUCUUCCUAUGCAUACAACUUUGGAAAUUUAAAGAUUCUUUGAAGAUUACAAAAAACUUGAACACAAGCAUGUUGUAGUAGAAGAAUUCAAAGGAAAAGAAGAUGCAUACAGAAUUAUUGAUGAAAGUAUCAAGUUGUAUGAAGAAAAAUUCCUAAAAAAUAUAUGAUAUUAUCAAUAUCAAUACAAUAAUCA